CGUCCUGCUGCCGGCGCGGAGGGACGCGGCAUGGCUGCGCGCUGCUCGCCGGCGCGGCGGGCGGAAGAGCCGCGUAUUUAUGGAGCCAGCGCUUCCUUCUGCCUUUGACUGACAGCCAGGAUCCCGUCGCCGCCUGGUCACUGGAGCUGAUUAGUAUGCGGAAGGGUCCGCCUCGCACCGAGAGAUGCAGCCGCAGCAGCUUGCAGAGCUGUCACACUCACCCAGGCUUCUUAUCUGCACUGGCUUGACGAAUUAAAAAGCCAAGGCAGCCAGCAAGAGAAAGACCGGGAGAGAGAGGGGGGAAGAGAGAGAGAGAAGCUUGCAGACAGCGCUGGCUUUCUUUUCCUAAAGGAAGGAUCUGCAUCCUAAGUGCUCACUGGUUGUGAUGAUGCUUCACUUAGCGGGCUCCAGAAUGAGCUAGAGACAGCACAUAGGGGAGAAACUCAAAGCCAGACCACAAAGCAUUACGAACCAAAAACCAGGAACAGUUUUCUCCUCUAUUCUAGCAUGGUGGAUGUAUGGACAGUCUUACAGAGCAGAGGUUGACUUCUCCAAAUCUGCCAGCCCCACAUCUUGAACACUACAGUGUUCUGCAUUGCACCAUGACCUUGGAUGUUCAAACGGUGGUCGUUUUUGCAGUGAUUGUGGUGCUAUUGCUUGUGAAUGUCAUACUCAUGUUCUUCCUGGGCACUCGUUAAAU